GUCCCUUUUCCGCCCCUAAACUACAUCUCUUCUCCUUCGUGUUGGAUUCUCGUGGUGGUUUCUCUACUGCAAAAUACCUCCCUCUCAAAUUCAUAAUCGACCAACGCGCAGGAGCUUUGAUCCUCCAGGUCGAAUCUCCAUUGAAACUGCCCCAUUUGCAGUUUACAGGUGCCGUUCGCUACAAGAAGCACUGUCUCCUGCUCUUCGCUGAGUACACGGAGUCAGACGUGGCAGGCUCCCAGUCGCCAUAUCACGAGAUCCGUCGUUAUUUUUCUUCGUCUUCUCGUUCUAAUACCCCUUAAUUCGCCAUGUACGGUACAGGCACAGGCCCUCAGACGGGCGUUUCCACCCCUCGCUCGAACUCAUCUCUCCGUCCUCUCACUCUCCGUCAUGGGUCCCUCGAAACCUCCUUUCUCGCUCCGACCUCGCUCCACUUCCACGCUCAACAGUUGAACGAUCGCUUCGCCGCCACUCUUCCUACGGCCACAGACGAGCUCGCUCAGGAUGACGAGCCAUCAUCCGUCGCCGAGCUUCUUGCCAGGUACAUGGGCUUUGUGGCCAACGAGAUCGAAAAGGGCGAAGAUGACGAACAGGGCUCUUAUGAGGCCGUCCUCAAGAUCGUCCUCGUCGAGUUCGAGCGUGCCUACCUCCAGGGUAACGAGGUCCAUGCCCUAGUGGCAACUCUCCCCGGCAUCGAUGCCAAGAAGCUCGAGGUGGUUCGCAGCUACUACCACGCCCGGAUAACCGUUGGCCGUCCCAUUAAGGAACACGAGUCUGCCCUCUUCCGGGCCGCCGAAGACGGCGCUGCCGGAAUUUACUCCAUUUUUGGCGGUCAGGGCAACAUCGAGGAGUACUUUGACGAGCUUCGUGAGAUCUACAAGACCUACUGGCCUUUGCUCGGUGGUCUCAUCCACGAUGCUGCCGAGCUGCUCCAGACUCUCUCCAAACAUCCCGGCGCCGAGAAGCUGUAUCCCAAGGGUCUUGAUAUUCUCAACUGGCUUGAGCAUGAAGAUGCCACCCCUGACGUGGACUACCUCGUCUCGGCCCCCGUCAGCUUCCCUUUGAUCGGCUUGGUCCAGCUCGCCCACUACGAGGUCACCUGCAAGGUGAUGGGUAUCGAUCCCGGCAAGAUGCGCGAUAGGCUCAAGGGCUCCACCGGUCACUCCCAGGGCGUCGUUUUGGCCGCCGCCACCGCCGCGGCCUCUUCUUGGGAGUCGUGGGCUGAUAUCGCCAAGUCUACUCUCACCAUCCUCUUCUGGAUCGGCGCCCGCAGUCAGCAGGUGUUCCCCCGGACAUCGCUUGCCCCGACCAUGAUGCGCGAGUCGAUUGACAACGGCGAGGGCGCUCCUACCCCGAUGUUGAGCAUCCGGGAUCUUUCCCAGGCCGAGGUCCAGAAGCACGUGGAUGCCACGAACCAAUACCUCCCAGCCGACCGCCACAUCUCCAUCUCGCUCAUCAAUAGCCCGCGCAACCUCGUCGUUACUGGACCUCCCAUCUCCCUCUGUGGUCUCAAUGCCCAGCUGCGCAAGGUGAAGGCCGCUACCGGCUUGGACCAGAACAGGAUCCCCCACACCGAGCGGAAGAGCCGGUUCGUGAACCGCUUCUUGCCCAUCAGCGCUCCUUUCCACAGCAAGUACCUCGCCGAAGCGACCGAGUUGAUCGACGCCGACCUCAAGGAUGUUCAGAUCGACUCCGAGUCUCUUGCCAUCCCCGUCUUCGACACCAAUAGCGGCAAGGACAUCAGGGAGGAGGUCAACGGCAACAUCGUUCCCAACCUCGUCCGUCUGAUCACCAGAGAUCCGGUCAACUGGGAGAAGGCUACCAUCUUCCCCGGUGCCACUCACGUGCUGGACUUCGGCCCUGGCGGUAUCUCCGGCUUGGGUAUUCUAGCCAGCCGCAACAAGGAGGGAACCGGUGUGCAUGUCAUUCUCGCCGGCUCGGUCAAUGGCACCAUCACCGAGGUGGGCUACAAGUCGGAGCUUUUCGAUCGCGACGAGGAGCACGCCGUACGUUAUGCCAUGGACUGGGUGAAGGAAUUUGGCCCGCGGCUCAUCAGGACCGUAAGCGGUCAAACCUUCGUCGACACCAAGAUGAGCCGACUCCUGGGCCUUCCACCUGUCAUGGUCGCCGGCAUGACCCCAACGACCGUGCCCUGGGAUUUCGUGGCUGCGACCAUGAAUGCCGGUUACCACGUUGAGCUGGCCGGUGGCGGUUACUACAAUGGCAAGACCAUGACCGAGGCGCUCUCCAAGAUCGAGAACGCCAUCCCCGCCGGUCGAGGCAUCACUGUGAAUCUCAUCUACGUCAACCCUCGUGCCAUGGGCUGGCAGAUCCCCCUCAUCGGCCGCCUCAGGGCUGAGGGCGUUCCCAUCGAGGGUCUGACCAUCGGAGCCGGCGUCCCGUCCAUCGAGGUUGCCCAGGAGUACAUUGAGACUCUCGGUCUGAAGCACAUUGCCUUCAAGCCGGGCUCUGUCGAUGCCAUCCAGUCCGUCAUCAAUAUCGCCAAGGCCAACCCUGACUUCCCCGUCAUUCUGCAGUGGACGGGCGGCCGUGGAGGCGGCCACCACUCUUACGAGGAUUUCCAUCAGCCCAUUCUGACCAUGUACGGCCGCAUCCGCCGCACCCCCAACAUCGUCCUUGUGGCCGGUAGUGGCUUUGGUGGUGCCGAAGACACCUACCCUUACCUCACCGGUGAGUGGUCCAGGCGUUUUGGUUACCCGCCCAUGCCCUUCGAUGGCACUCUCUUUGGUAGCCGCAUGAUGGUCGCCAAGGAGGCGCAUACCAGCAAGGCGGCCAAACAGGCCAUUGUCGAUGCCCCGGGCGUGGGUGACGAGGGUUGGGAGCAGACCUACAAGGGUCCCGCCGGCGGAGUCGUCACCGUCCGUUCUGAGAUGGGCGAGCCUAUCCACAAGCUUGCCACACGCGGUGUCCUGUUCUGGGCUGAGAUGGACAAGAAGAUCUUCAGCCUGCCCAAGGAGAAGCGGGUGGCCGAGCUCAAGAAGAACCGGAGCUACAUCAUCAAGAAGCUCAAUGACGACUUCCACAAGGUGUGGUUCGGCCGCAACAGGGCCGGCGAGGCUGUCGACCUGGAGGAUAUGACCUAUGGCGAGGUUGUCCGUCGUAUGGUCGACCUCCUCUACGUGAGGCACGAGUCGCGGUGGAUCGACCCUUCGUUCAAGAAGCUGACGGGCGACUUCAUCCAUCGCGUCGAGGAGCGGUUCACCUCUGGCCGUGACCACGCAUCUCUUCUCCAGGACUUUGGAGAACUCGAUACCCCCUUCCAGACCGUCACCAGGAUCCUGGCCAGCUACCCCGAGGCCGAGGAGCAGAUCAUCAAUGCCCAAGAUGUGCAGCACUUCUUGAUGCUCUGCCAGCGACGUGGACAAAAGCCCGUCACCUUCGUGCCUGCCCUGGAUGAGAACUUUGAGUUCUUCUUCAAGAAGGAUUCUCUCUGGCAAGCGGAGGACCUCGGUGCCGUCAUUGACCAAGAUGUCGGCCGCACCUGCAUCCUGCAAGGUCCCAUGGCCGCGAAGUACUCGACCAAGAUGGACGAGCCCAUCCAGGACAUCCUUGACAGCAUCCACAACGCCCAUAUCGCUGGUCUCACCCAGGAUCUCUACGACGGCGAUGCCAACGCGAUCCCGGUCAUCGAGUACUUUGGGGGUAAACUCGGCGAACCGGAAAUUCCUGUGGAGGAUGUGGACGGGCUGGUCACCUCGUAUGAUGAGACCAAGAACACCUACCGUCUCGUCGCGCUGCCUGGGACGACAAUGCCCAGCGAGGAAGCCUGGCUGGCGUUGCUCGCGGGACCUCGCCGCAGCUGGCGCCACGCCCUCCUCACGUCCGACGUGUUGGUCCAGGGCCAGAAGUUCCAGACCAACCCGAUGAAGCGCAUCUUCGCUCCGGUGCGGGGCCUCUUCGUCGAGAUCCAUUAUCCCAACGACCCCUCCCGGACCAGGAUUGUGGUCAAGGAGCAGCCGCGCCAUGGCAAGUACGUCGAUGUCCUCGAGGUCAAGCUCGUCGGCAAGAAUGAGAUUGUGGUCAGCAUGAUCAAGGACACGACCGCGCUCGGCGCUCCCGUCUCGCUGCCGCUCAAGUUCACGUACCAUCCCGAGACUGGCUACGCUCCCAUCCAUGAAGUGAUGGAAAGCCGAAACGACCGGAUCAAGGCGUUCUACUGGCGUACUUGGUUCGGCCAUGAUGCCCUUGACCUUGAUGCCGACGUCACCAGCAAGUUUGACGGCGGAUCGGCUGUGAUCACCGGCGAGGGCAUCAAUGACUUCGUCCACGCUGUUGGCAACACAGGCGAGGCGUUCGUCGAGCGGCCUGGCAAGACGGUGUAUGCGCCCAUGGACUUCGCCAUCGUUGUCGGGUGGAAAGCUAUCACCAAGCCCAUCUUCCCUCGCACAAUCGACGGCGACCUUCUCAAACUGGUCCACCUGUCGAACCAGUUCCGGAUGAUGCCGGGUGCGGAGCCUCUCCAGAAGGGCGACGAGGUCAACACUACGGCUCAGGUCAAUGCCGUCAUCAACCAGGACUCGGGAAAGAUGGUCGAGGUUUGCGGCACCAUCUGGCGUCGCGGUGAAGCCGUGAUGGAGGUGACGUCCCAGUUCCUGUACCGCGGCACCUACACCGAUUACGAGAACACGUUCCAGCGCAAUACGGAGACGCCGGUGCAAGUGCAUCUUGCCACCACCAAGGACGUGUCGAUCCUCAAGUCGAAGGAGUGGUUCAACAUUGACGAUCUGCCCCAGGACAUCCAGCUCCUCGGCAAGACCCUCACGUUCCGGCUGCAGAGCUUCCUCAAAUUCAAGAAUAAGACGGUGUUCAGCAGCGUGCAGACGUUCGGCCAGGUCCUGCUGGAGCUUCCCACCAAGGAGGUGAUCCAGGUGGCCAGCGUCGACUACAGGGCGGGGGUCUCGCACGGCAACCCGGUGAUCGACUACGUGGAGCGCAACGGGACCCCUCUCGACCAGCCUCUCAACUUUGAGAACCCCAUCCCUCUGAGCGGCAAGACGCCCCUGCAGCUCCGCGCGCCGUCGUCGAACGAGACGUACGCUCGGGUGUCGGGCGACUACAACCCCAUCCACGUCUCCCGCAUCUUCGCGGCCUACGCCAACCUCCCCGGCACGAUUACGCACGGCAUGUACUCGAGCGCGGCGGUGCGAAGCCUCGUGGAGACGUGGGCUGCGGAGAACAACAUUGGUCGUGUCCGCAGCUUCCACGCGUCCCUCGCGGGCAUGGUCCUGCCGAACGAUGAGAUCCUGGUCAAGCUCGAGCACGUGGGCAUGGUGGCUGGCCGCAAGAUCAUCAAGGUCGAGGCGACGAACAAGGACACUGGAGACAAGGUGCUCCUUGGCGAGGCUGAGAUUGAGCAGCCGGUGACUGCGUACGUGUUCACGGGUCAGGGUUCGCAGGAGCAGGGUAUGGGUAUGGAGCUGUAUGCCAGCAGCCCUGUGGCCAAGGAGGUGUGGGAACGGGCCGACAAGUACUUGUUGGACAAUUAUGGCUUCUCCAUCACCAACAUCGUCAGAAACAACCCCAAGGAGCUGACGAUCCACUUUGGCGGGCCCCGGGGCAAGGCUAUCCGGCAAAACUACAUGGCCAUGACGUUCGAGACGGUGGCGGCGGACGGGUCGAUCAAGUCGGAGAAGAUCUUCAAGGAGAUUGACGAGAAGACGACGUCGUACACGUAUCGGUCGCCGACGGGCCUGCUGUCGGCGACGCAGUUCACGCAGCCGGCGCUGACGCUGAUGGAGAAGGCGAGCUUCGAGGACAUGAAGUCCAAGGGGCUCGUCCCGCGCGACUGCACGUUCGCGGGCCACUCGCUCGGCGAGUACUCGGCGCUGGCGGCGCUGGCGGAGGUGAUGCCGAUCGAGAGCCUGGUGUCGGUGGUGUUCUACCGGGGCCUGACGAUGCAGGUGGCGGUGGAGCGCGACGCGGCGGGGCGGUCCAACUACUCGAUGUGCGCGAUCAACCCGAGCCGGAUCUCCAAGACGUUCAACGAGGAGGCGCUGCAGUUCGUGGUGAACAACAUCGCGGAGGAGACGGGGUGGCUGCUGGAGAUUGUCAACUACAACAUCGCCAACAUGCAGUACGUGGCGGCGGGCGACCUGCGGGCGCUGGACACGCUGACGGGGGUGACGAACCUGCUCAAGGUGCAGAAGAUCGACGUGGACGAGAUGCGGGCCAACAUCGAGGAGGCCAAGGGCGCGCUGCGGGAGAUCAUCCGCGGGUGCGCGGAGGACACGCUGAGGAAGCCGACGCCGCUGGAGCUGCAGAGGGGGUUCGCGACGAUCCCGCUCAAGGGCAUCGACGUGCCGUUCCACUCGACGUUCCUCCGGUCGGGCGUCAAGCCGUUCCGGAGCUUCCUGCUCAAGAAGAUCAACCGGACGACGAUCGACCCGUCCAAGCUCGUGGGCAAAUACAUCCCCAACGUGACGGCCAAGCCGUUCGCGCUGACGCGGGAGUACUUCGAGGAGGUGUACAAGCUGACCAACUCGCCCAAGAUUGCGUCGGUGCUGGCCAACUGGGACAGCUAUACGCAGGAUGCGCCGGCGGGCGGGGUCGAUGGUGUGAAUGGGGUCAAUGGGCACCACGAGGGCCCGGGCUCGGCUGCCUGAGUGUAGGCUGAGGCAGGAGUGGCGGGGGACAACAUAUAUCCACGCAUGGAGGGGAAACGGACGCCCCGCGAACCAAAGUAAAAA